AUCCGCCCGCUGCUUCUGAAUUGAAGAUGGCGUCAUCUGAUUUCACAUCUCGUGCCAGUUCGCUGGCAGGCGAAGCACUCGGCGUGGCCUUGCUGCUCUCCAUUGGUGAGGGAUUCGGCGCCAUAGCGACGCUGCUGCCCGGCAACUACGCGAUCUGGCAGGUGGGUGCGUGUGUGUGGGCGUGGAAUGGAUGGAGUGCACCGAGGCACUUGUAUCGUCGGGUGUGCCAUUGCAGGUGGCCAUUGCGUGGGGCGUGGGGCUGGUGUUAGCCAUCCAUGUGGCCAGCAAACUCAGCAACGCCCACCUCAACCCCGCCGUCAGCAUCGCUCUGCACCUGGAUGGCUCCAACAAGAUGACAGUAUGCACACGUCAGACAGGCAGGCAGGCAUCGUCUCUGUGGUCUGCCAUGGUACAUGUAUAUGAUUGUCGCUUGUUGGUGCAGGCGACGGAUAUGGCGCUAUACCUGUGCGGCCAGUUCAUCGGCGCUUUUGCCGCUGCAGCGCUCGUCUACGGCUGCUUCAGAAGCCACAUCGAGUCACUGCAACGCGACGGCACCACUUUGUCAAUGCUCACGGGGGCCUCCAUCUUUGCCUGCUACUUCCCGCCACCAGGCAACACGUGAGCACGUCUGCUCUCCCUUGGACAGACAAUCCAUUCAUCCAGCCAGCGACAGGGGUGUGUGGCCUGGCCUUUUGUGUGUGUGUGUGUGUGUGUGCUUAAGGUAUGUUGACCCCUACGAAGCGGUGACACCCCAGCGAGCCUUUUUUCUGGAGUUCCUCGCUACUGCAUCUCUUCUGGUCGUCAUCAAAGCCAUGGCUCAUGAACCAGCCAACGAUCCACAGCGAGAACAAUUGGGGCUGCUGAGUAGACCUGCUCCCAAGCCCAGCGUGUGGCUUCCGUCGUCUGUGCUGGGGGUGACGCUAGCCAUCUUGAUAGUGUUGAUAGCGCCGAUGACGCAGUGCUGCUUGAACCCCUGCAGAGACCUCGCACCACGAGUGCUGCUGUGGCUAUGUGGUGAGUGAGGAGGGCACUGUGGGUGGGGGGUGCCUGCUUCAGAUAGCUAGCUGGUGGCGUGACAAUCUGUGUCCUCUUGUCUGCCUUUAUCCAUGCAGGCUAUGGCCAAAUAGCGUUCCCGGGUCCCCGCAAGAUAGAAUUGUGGCUCUACAUGGUGGCGCCGACCGCAGGCGCCAUUGCAGGAGCGUUUGGGUACAAUUUGGUGGUCCGGCUGAAGGAGCAGCAGAGACUCAAGAGCAAAGAGGAGAGCGAGCCGGGCUCGCCCAGAGUCGCGAGGGCCUCCGCCCUUUAGUUGCGUCUCAGUGAGUUGGUCUGGAAGCGAAGUGCGCAGGAAGGUGCGGCGCGUGGCUUGGGUGUGCUUUAUGAGGGCCUUGUGUGUGAGACUGUAUGUGUGUUGGGAUGCCUGGGGCCUUGGGACUUUCUGGAAGCAUUGGCUUGUGGCGUGCAGACGAGAGUGUGGUGUCUCUGAUAGAUAUCGAUUUGUUGUGUGGCG